AUGCCUCCCUUCAAGGAUGAGCAUAUUUUGCUAAUUGCGCCGGGUUCGCAAACGACCCUGGCCCAGCUGGGUUUGCCCGAAACGUUCACGCCCGCGCGAUUCCGAUUCCCAACACGCAUGUUCCCCGCCGAGAAGAAGGGAGAAUUUGAACCUUACCGUGUCAAUGAGAGGCGCCAGGAGAUUAAGGUCAAGAAUGGCACAGAGGCGCCGAAGGAAGACGUGGAAAUGAAGGACGCUCAACCCUCUGCGGCCGACGCUCCAAAGACCGAACCCACCGAGAAACCCGAAGGCGAGGGUGACGGUGCCCAGAACAAUGGUGAAGCUACCAAGACUGUUGAAGAGGUCUUCUACGAAGAGGAUGUGAUGUCCGACAAAGACGCAAUCUAUCCCAUUGAGAACGGGCGCAUUGUCGACUGGCCUUGCUUCUUUGCUCUUCUCACUCACAUUUACAACACCUUGAGCCCACCUUUCCACACUCCAAUCAUGCUCAUCACCGAGCCUGUCUGGUCUGCGCGCGACCGCGAAGCAAUCACCCAAUUCGUUUUUGAGAAGUUCAAGGCUCCAGCAUUCAGUCUUAUGGACUCUGCGCUUGCGGCUUGUUACGGCUACGGUGUACCCACAGCUACCGUUGUCGAUGUCGGCAAGGGCAAGGUUGAUGUUACUGCUGUUACCGAUUUCGCAGUCAACGAGCACGGCAGAGGUAUUGCCCUGGAGGGCUGCGGUGGAGACUCCAUGACGGAUCGCCUUCUCGAAUUGCUGGGUCCCAAGGGAUUCACUAGAGAGAUGUGCGAGCAGCUCAAGCGAAGCAACAUUACCGAGAUCCUUCCCCCCGGAACUCCACUUCCUGGAGACGCUGCCACCGCGCGCCAGGGUGCGAACCCCGCUGCUGCUGCCUCGACUGGAGGAGCAGAUAGCAACGAUUCUGCCCCGCGUGGUCCAGGAGACGGCACCCAAACUGGUACAGAGGGUAGUAAUGAAGAAGACGAGGGUGUCCUCGAUGUCGCUGCAAUUGUCAGCGGUAACACGACCGAAUAUCUUGCCAAUAUUGAGAAGGAAAAGACGACGACAAAGAAAGGAGCAGCCGAUCCAAAGCAAGGCCGUCUUCCCAACUCGAAGAAAGAGAAGGCUUCAUUCCAGUUCGAAGAAUUCGUGCAAUUGGAAGGACAGGAUGCAGCACCCAACGAUUCUCGACAGUACAUCCGUCGACAACGAGAGAUUGAGGUCAGCAUUGAGCGUUUCCUUCUCACUUCGCCUCGUUUAAAGAACGGAGACCGCCUCACCAGCGGGAUUCUUGAGGACAUUGCCACACAAAUUCACCAUACCAUUAUUGCUGUUCCUGAUGCUACAAAACGAAGCGAGCUUUGGGACUCUCUAAUCAUUGUUGGAUGUGGAAGCAAGGUCAAGGGCUUCACUCAGGCUUUGCUCGGUGUCAUCCAACAAAAGUUCAUUCUUUCUCCUUCUGGCACGAUUUUCACCUCUGAAAUCCCCUCUACUUUCACCACUCCUGCUCCCACCGGCGCCAACACACCCUCUCAUAUGGGCCAAUCUGGGAUGAUGUACCACCCCGCAGCUCCCGGCGUGAACCCUCUUCUCGUUGCUGCUACUCACAACAACCCCGGUAUACCCGGUAUGCCCGGCACUCCUGGGAUGGAUCCCAACACGGUACACUACCGCUCAACCGGUCAUUCCCAGACCCCCACUUCUGUCAAGACUCUGAAGCUUCCUGAGUAUUUCCCCGACUUCAAGGACCACGGCAACAGCAACGCCCCCGGUGCCAGCGGAGCCAAUUCCACACCCGGGUCAUCCCAGGGUGGCCACGGCAUGGAGGAAGCCGUUUUCCUCGGUGCUCAGAUGGCUGCCAAGGUCUUCUUCGUUCUUGAUCAGGGUCUCAGCAAGGGCUACAUGAGCCGGGUUGAGUACAACGAGAGCGGACCAUCCGCCAUUCACGAAUAUAUCUUGUAA